AUGGUCAGCGUGACCAUUAGCGACCUCCCUCCUAACUCGUCAUUGCCUCCAUUCCCCUCCUCACCCUCCAACCAACCCUCGAGGCAGGUCCUGGGCCGGAGGCGACGAGCUCCAAGCUCUGAUCCCGACGAAGACGACGACGACAGCAACUCGCAGCCCCGCGAUAGCGAUAGUGUCACUGACCCGACCACCCGACGACGCCUGUCUGCGCAGGCUACCGUCCAGCCCUUACACUCUUCGCCCUCCGAAGAACACCGUCCUAAACGCAGACGCGGCGACAUCAUGUCUGGAGAGACGGACGAUGCGCGAGCAUCCAACGGAGCGGCUCUGCAUUUGUUGCCUGGCCUGGCCUCGCCCACGAGACGUAACAACGGUGUGUCGACGAUGAACAAUGGCACUGCCAGUAGAUGCAAGUCCUCAGUUAAUGGCUCCUCGCGUGCCGAUCGAGACGGGGUUCCUGUCACAUACCUCGGCCAUGACAGAGAAGAGGUCACGCGGCUUCUUAUCCAGGCCUUGUCCGGCAUGGGUUACCAGUCCAUCGCUCGAUCACUUAGCGCAGAGAGCGGUUACGAACUCGAAAACACGACGGUGGCCGCCUUUCGGAAUGCCAUCCUCCGAGGCUCGUGGGAGGAAGCCGAGAGGUUAUUAGCUCAGGCUGUCGUGGUAGGCGAACCCGGCGUUGGCGCAACCGGGCUGGUGCUCUCACCAGGUUCCGAUAGGACGUUGAUGCGCUUUUGGAUGCGGCAGCAAAAGUUCCUUGAGCACCUCGAAAGGCGUGAAACUUCUCGCGCACUAUCCGUGCUCCGGAGCGAGCUGACUCCCUUACAAUGUGAUACGGCCAGAGUUCAUUUUCUAUCUACGCUUCUCAUGUGCCAGUCCAUCGAUGAUCUCAAGGCGAGAGCUGACUGGGAUGGAGCAGAAGGAGAGUCGAGGCGGACUCUACUGUCAGAACUCUCAAAAUGUAUCUCGCCCUCAGUCAUGCUACCCGAUAAUCGGCUUGCCGGGCUCUUGCAACAGGUUAAGCAGAGCCAAAUAGACACCUGCCUCUACCACACCAGCGCCGCCUCGCCUUCGCUUUACUCUGACCACCACUGCGACAAGAGUGAUUUCCCUCCGAAGUUGCCAUCACCUUGA